AUGACAACAAUCAAGAUAGGACUAGGAAGAGAUACAAUUUCAGCUCCCAAAUUCAGCGACAUGUUUCGCCUUGCGGAGAAAGGAGGCAGGCACCUCGACCACCGCCACGUAAAUCUCAUGACGGCCGAAUCCCGGACCAAGAAGAUCACCAACUACAUCCGCCGCAGCGUCAAAGUCUUUGUGCGUCUGCGCGAUACUGUUACUGAGCUCUUGAAAGAAGCCUUGGGCCUAGCGAUCAAAGCGGGAAGGAUAAUGCUCGAAUUCGACAAGGAGCACCCGUACCUCGUCGCUCUAGUUGUCGGCGGAGUGGUGCUGGCCGUUGUCUCCCCUUAG